GAUACGCUGUUCGGCACUUGGAAAGUGGAUGUAGCUAGAAGCAGUCGACAUACAGUGCGUGAGAGACUACCAUAUUGGAGCGAAGUCAACAGACCUAAUACACAAUGCACAUGAUGGAAGAUGAUGACGACGAUUCAUCUUUUGAAUGCGAUGCCGAUAUGGCCCCACUCAUCAAGCGACCGCUCGAUGACAUCGAACAGAACCUCACAAAGGAUGGUGUGAAGCGAAAAUGCACACCCCGUCUUGUCGUCUGCCACGCAUUCUUGCUGCUGAUGGCACUGGCGUUGAUUUUCACGGGAUUGCUAUUCCUGCCAUGGUCCGUGGAGAGUAUGUAUGGCUACGUCAUACAUCAUGUCUUCGUUUUGGAUCCCAAUUCUCGCUUUUUCCCCGAGUGGCAACAACCUUCCUUGCCCAUCUAUCAGAGCGUGUACUUCUUUGACAUCCAAAAUCCUGAUGACCUGAUAAAAGGUCAAAGGCCAAAGGUCGUAGAGAAGGGCCCUUAUGUGUACAGAAUGGAGUUGGCUCGCGAUAACGUCACUUUCCACGAUAACGACACUGUGUCCUUUCUUCUACGCUACCGAUACUAUUUUGAGGAGGAUCGUUCGGUGGGACCGGAGACGGAUACCGUAACGGCCAUCAACUCUCCGCUGUUGACGACUGCUCACAUCAUGAAAAACUAUCAAUUCCUGGUUCGUACGGCAAUCCGUGGUCUCCUCUACGAGCUCGAUGAGCGAGUCAUCGUCACGAGGACGAUCUCCGAGAUGAUGUGGGGAUACUACGAGCCUCUUCUAGUCGUAGCGAAGCAGUUCCAGACAGUCCCGCCCGCAUUCGAGUCGGGUCGGUUCGGUUACUUUGUUGGAUUCAAUACUACAUACGUCGGGCAAUUCAACGUGUUCACUGGAAAAGAAAACGGGAGCUUAAUCAAUCACAUUGAAAGAGUAGAUGGCAAGAAAAGCCUGCCUUUCUGGUGGUCAGAUGAAGCUAAUGAAAUCGCAGAAAGCACAGAUGGUUCACUUUAUCAUCCGAACGUCGAGAAGACAGACACACUACAAUUGUAUCAGCCUCCACUUUGCAGGUCUGUGUCGUACGAUUUUGUGAAGGACUCCAGCUACGAGGGCAUACCACUACUGAAAUUCAGUCUGUCGCCCUUUACCUACAUGAACGCUACAGCUUUUCCUCCGAACGAGGGAUUUUGUAGCGGUCAACGAGAGCUGUGUGGACCAUCGGGUGUGAUGCGACAAGACCCCUGCCAUUUUGGAAGUCCGGUAGCGAUAUCCAAUCCUCAUUUCUUAGGAGGUCAACAAACUUUGUUUGAUGACGUCGAUGGCUUGUCACCUAAUUCCUCGCUUCAUGACAGCUAUAUGGAAGUAGAACCGAAAACUGGUAUUCCCUUUGUGAUGAAGUUUCGCGUCCAGAUCAACAUGUUUGUGAAACCAGUGGGCGGGAUCAGAGAAACCGAAGAAAUUCGUGAGAUGUAUCUACCCCUGCUCUGGAUUGAACAGAGCGUCGAAGCAAACGACCAAAUAGUCGCUGAAUUCAAGUUGGGCUUUGUGGAGGUAUGGAACAUCAUCGUCGGCGUGGAAUGGCUGCUCUUCAGCAUUGGCAUCAUCAUCAUACUCCUUCUACUGGUGAAGACAGCUAGGGUGGCGUUGAAAUCCGGCGAUGUCGAGAAAGAUGUAGAGGACUUCAAUGGAAACGGCAAGUCAAGGAAAAGUCAAGAUGCGAAAAUUACCUCCGCGACCCAGAGAGAAAAAAGUUGUGUAAAAGCUUAGAAAUGAAAUGAACCUUCGAAAAAUGACUAGGAGUGGGGGUCGCUUAUAAGGUGACGCCCCUCACAUUCAACAUUUUCGAUGUGUUUUUUUUGUCAUACUUGUGUUGGUUGUGUUAGGAAAAAUGUUUGAAAGCGUUAUUUAAAAAAAAUCAAAAGAUUAUUGCAGAUCCGGAGAACCUUUUUUUUUCUUGGGAAGGCGAAAGGACAUGGGGCUUGUAUGUUGUUGUUGUUGUU